CCCUACAGUCUGGAGUAUCCUCGGGCCUAUCAUGGCACCGUCUUCCUCAACGGGUACCUCUACUGUCUCGGUGGCUCAGCCCGGGCGGAGUACUUCAACAGCGUCUGUCGACUGGAUCUGAGCACACGUACAUGGCAUGAGGUGUCACCGAUGUACUACACCCGCAGCUUUGUGAGUGCAACUGAGCUCAACGGACUCAUCUACGCCAUGGGAGGCUUUGACGGACACACUCGACUGGUCAGCGCAGAGCGUUAUAAUCCCGACACCAACCAG